AUGAGCGUGGCGGGGAAGCAGCCUCCUCCAGCACCGCUCGAGCGGCCCGGCAGCCUCCUCGUCCCCACCUGGACUAAAACUGGUAUUGCAUUGUUGUAUGAUGAAGCAUCUGAAAAUGCUUAUGACAUCCGACUGAAGCUUACAAAAGAGGUAUUAACAAUUCAAAAACAAGAUGUCGUCUGUGUUAGUGGAAGUGAUCACAGUGCAAAUCACAGAACUGUUACACUUCGUAGACAACCAGUUGGUGGCUUGGGMUUAAGUAUAAAGGGUGGUGCUGAGCACAAAGUGCCUGUAGUCAUAUCAAAAAUAUUUAAAGACCAAGCAGCUGAACAGACAGGAAUGUUAUUUAUAGGAGAUGCAAUAAUACAGGUUAAUGGUAUAAAUGUAGAAAGCGCUACACAUGAAGAAGUGGUMCACCUACUGCGAAAUGCUGGAGAUGAAGUUACCAUCACAGUUCAAUACCUCAGGGAAGCUCCAUCAUUUUUAAAGCUCCCUUUAGGUUCCCCUGRACCAUCCAGUGAUCACAGCAGUGGMACUUCAUCACCUCUCUUUGACAGUGGUUUACAUUUAAAUGGAAACUCAACUAACACGGCACCAUCAUCACCGUCUUCACCCAUAGCUAAUGAACCAAAAUAYGAGAAGCGCUGGCUGGACACCUUAUCAGUUCCUCUGUCGAUGGCUCGAAUCUCGAGGUACAAAACUGGAACGGAUAAAUUAAGAUCUAAUGCAUUUGAAGUGCUGGCACUCGAUGGAGUUAGUACUGGGAUACUUCAGUUUUAUACAGCCCAGGAGAGUGCUGACUGGCUGAGAGCAAUGUCAACUAACAUCAGUGAUUUGACACUUCAAAAUAUGAAAAUGGCAAAUAAAUGCUGUUCUCCCUCCGAUCAGGUCAUACAUAUGGGAUGGGUAAAUGAGAGACUUGAAGGAACUGAUUCAUCUCAGCUGUACAAAUUCAAGUUUCUGGCCCUGAAGGGUUCAUCCUUCUACAUUUUCAGCACUCCACCGGUAAGCACGCUGGACUGGGUACGAGCUGAAAAAAUCUAUAACCUCUGUGAGGUUCUAUUUAAAAUUCACAAGAUGAAGAMUCACAUACUGAAACAUGUCUUUCAGCUCUGGCUUGCUGAUGAUUGCUGGCUACAAGCAAACUUGUAUUUAGGUAUUCACCAGGACUUCGAUCUUGAAGACCAGAGGCCCUAUUGUUUCAGUGUUAUGGUUGGACAUGGCAAGAGUCAUUAUUUCAAUGUAGAGCUGGGCAGUGAAUUGGCAAUGUGGGAGAAAUCAUUYCAAAGAGCGAUUUUCUUGGAAGUUCAAAGAACAGGGUCUAAAACAUAUAUGUGCAGUUGGCAAGGGGAUACCCUGUGUUUCACAAUCGACUUUGCUCUAGGAUUUACCUGUUUUGACAGUAAAACAAAGAAUGUGCUGUGGAGGUUUAAAUUCUCUCAGCUCAAAGGCUCUUCGGAUGAUGGGAAAACAAGAGUAAAGCUGCUUUUUCAAAAUCUAGACACCAAACAAAUUGAGACAAAGGAACUUGAAUUUCAGGAUCUGACGGCAGUUUUACACUGUAUUCACUCCUUUAUAGCAGCAAAAGUGGCAUCUGUGGAUCCAGUAUUCAUAGACAGUCAGAGUAUUGCAAGAAAAUAUAUGUACAGUAACUSAUACUAGAUUAUAUGU